AUGAGGAUAGAUAUUGAGGAUCCGCUGUAUUAUGGUAUGAAAAAACUUAAAAUUCGCGGAAAGGAUCUCAAGAAUUUAUCAGAUGCCAUAUUUCAUUUGAUCGAGUUAGAAGUUUUGGAUCUAAGUCCAGAAAGAGAAUCAUGUUUGGACUAUAAACUUCCAGGAAUUCCCGCUUCCAUCGGGAAAUUAGUGAAUUUAAAAGUGCUAAUGAUUGACACAAAUGACUUGACGACUUUGCCCAAAGAAAUUGCCCUCUUGCAGCAUUUGGAACGAGUUGCCUUGAGUAAUAACAAACUUUCCAAAUUACCGGACGAGUUCGGCAAUCUUCGACAUUUACGAAGUAUUCAUUUAGCCAAUAACGAUCUUUAUGAAUUUCCGGUCCAACUUCUGAAACUCAGAGAUUUAGAAUUUCUGGACCUGAGCGACAAUCACAUCACCGUGGUUCCAGAAAAUAUAGACAACCUUAAAAAACUCGAGACUUUGCUUCUGUUUAUAAACGACUUGACAAAGCUGCCAGAAUCGGUCUGUAAACUAAUUGAAUUACGGACAUUGUGGGUUGGUAACAAUCGAAUUCGUCAACUUCCUAGAAAUUUCGGCAAACUGAUUCAUCUAGAUUGGGGACACCGCUAUACUUCGUCGGCUCUGGAUGGAAAUCCCCUUGUACAUCCACCAAUAGAAAUCUGUCGGCAAGGUAUAGAAGCCAUAGAUAGAUACAUGACCUCUUACGAAAAGAAGUCCAAAAGAAGUCCACGCAAAUGA